UUCAGACCACUCCUUCGAGCUGUCGACUGGCCCACCCUUCACCUUCAGAACAAACUGCUCCCGGAGUUACUAUCUUCGAGUAACCAAAAAACUAAAACAAGUGAAUAUUUGUCCGUAGAUAACUGUAACUGCCGCGUUAUUAGCGUAAGUUUCAACGCUUCUUAAACUUUGUGGAGCGGACCUGCGUGUCGCCGACAGCAUGGUGUUAAAAUCGGAAGACGGGAUAGUGCCAGACGACCUCACUCCAGAGGAGCAGCAGGAGCUGGAGAAUAUCCGCCGGCGCAAGCAAGAGCUGCUGGAGGACAUUCAGCGGCUGAAGGAUGAGAUAGCAGAAGUAACAAGUGAGAUUGAGAACCUGGGUUCCACUGAGGAGAGGAAAAAUAUGCAGAGGAAUAAACAGGUAGCAAUGGGUCGUAAGAAGUUCAACAUGGAUCCCAAAAAGGGGAUCCAGUUCCUCAUUGAGAAUGACUUGCUGAAGAAUACCAGCGAUGACAUUGCUCAAUUCCUCUACAAGGGCGAGGGCCUGAACAAAACAGCCAUUGGCGAUUACCUUGGAGAGAGAGAUGACUUCAAUAUCGAAGUCCUCCAUGCCUUUGUGGAGCUUCAUGAGUUCACAGACCUCAACCUGGUUCAGGCUCUAAGACAGUUCCUGUGGAGUUUUCGACUGCCAGGAGAAGCUCAGAAAAUCGACCGCAUGAUGGAGGCCUUUGCUCAGCGUUACUGCCAGUGCAACUCUGGUGUUUUCCAGUCCACAGACACCUGUUACAUCCUGUCAUUUGCCAUCAUCAUGCUAAACACCAGCCUCCACAACCCCAACGUGAAAGACAAGCCUUCUGUGGAACGAUUUAUCUCUAUGAACAGAGGCAUCAACGAUGGGGGGGACUUACCCGAAGACCUGCUCAGGAAUCUGUACGAGAGCAUCAAGAACGAGCCUUUUAAAAUCCCAGAGGACGACGGCAAUGACCUCACACACACUUUCUUCAACCCAGACAGAGAGGGGUGGCUGCUAAAAUUAGGGGGACGAGUAAAAACCUGGAAGAGGCGGUGGUUCAUCCUCACGGACAACUGUCUGUACUACUUUGAGUACACCACAGACAAAGAGCCCAGGGGAAUCAUCCCACUGGAGAACCUGAGCAUCAAAGAGGUGGAAGAUAAGAAGCCGAAUUGCUUUGAGCUCUUCAUUCCUGACAACAAGGACCAAGUGAUAAAAGCAUGCAAGACAGAGGCUGAUGGACGCGUUGUGGAGGGCAACCAUACUUUUUAUCGCAUCUCUGCCCCCACUACUGAGGAAAAAGAUGAAUGGAUGAACAGCAUCAAAGCUGCCAUCAGCAGGGAUCCCUUUUAUGAGAUGCUGGCAGCCAGGAAGAAAAAGGUGUCAUCCAUGAAGAGGCACUAGAGCUGCUCAGCUUUCCCGAUGUUGCACUUGACAGAGCAGGGGGUCCCGGUGUCUGGUGUCUGGGCCGGCGCAGAGACCACAGUUCAGGUCUGCCUCAGACCUUCUCUGGGGAGUUUCUCUAGGAUAUAUUUACUAGCUGUGUGGCGUUAGGACUCUACUGGCUAGAAAAACAGAAAGCAUGCUGGGGUUUCUAGAUAAGAGUCCGAGUCAAAGCCUCGUCUAACCUCUUGUGUCACUAUCGCUCUGUUUCUCUCUCUCUCUUUCUCUGUCAGCUUUGUGUGUGCUUUCUGUCUAGGAAUCCGAAAGGGAAUCUUUCUGCAGCAAAAUAAAACUACUCCAAUAUGCACUGCGUACCUAGACAACAUACAUACACUCAUGCAGCCCCCCCCCCACAGCACACAUUUAACUCAGCAGGUCUGACAGGGUGUGGUGCCCUAACCAAAAUAUUCCUCGCUUUAUGGAAGAAAAGCUAAGACCUUUUCUGAUGUGCUUUAAUACGUGUGGGUAAUACAUGUCUAUUUGUACAGCUUUUACUGUUUAUUCCUCUGUAGUCUUUUUUGUUUGUUUACUUUUGUAAGAUAAAAUGGUUUUGCAGCAGAAACUGCAGGGGGGUUUGGAGGGAGGGAGGGGGGUAAUAUUUGCCAACUGUUAGUGGUUUUGUAGAAAAAAGAAAAUGUCUGUAAAAAUAAAAAAAUAAUAAUAAUAAUAAUAAAGUUGCCACUCAGGAGAUUGUUAAGAUGUUCGGAAACUUUCUAUAAACUGGACCCUGACAGCCAUGUGAGGGAUGAAAGGCCCCUGCGUUUAGUUUUUGUUUUUUUUUGUAAAAGAAAAUUACAGGGACACGCCGCUGCAGGUGAGGGUGUCUGCUUGUCUGGACAGGGUCUCAGUGUUGGAUCUGGCUCUUACUGUUAAUUUCCUGAAGGUCUUUGAGACACAUCCCUGGGGAUUAGUGUCGUCUACAAGGGACGAAUGUCCUUCAUCGUGGGUUUCUUUACUUUCCUCUUUUUUUUUUAGGUCUUAGGUUGUCUGGAAAACAGGCACGUUGGCCCCUUUUUUAUUUCCUCUCUCCCAAAUUGUUUUUCUUGAUUUCACCAUGUCUCAAACCGAAAAACGCUUUCUAUUUCUGUGUCAUUAAAAAAAAGCCAAAACGAUUUAUUAUUAUUUUUACUUCAGUGCUGCACAGUGGUGCCUGGCGCUCUAGAUGAAACAUGAUGAGAAAUGCUGCUGGUUAGCGACGGUAAUUCAGUUUUCUUUUCCCCACUUGGACAACAGUUAAUCUUUGUUUGCUGCCAUGUAACACAUGUUGUGUUUGUGGAGGGCUAUUCAAGGGUAAAACAAAUCACAUGACACUUUAUCCCUCAGCCCAGCCUCGUGAUCUGUCACAAUGUUCUUUGGGUUUUGUGUAUGUAUUACACGUUACAUAUGAUCGAAGCUUUAAAGCAGCACAAAAAAAUAAAUAAAAAAAGUGUGGUGAGGCCACGCCAGGUAAGGAAAGGGUUGGUUCCGUCUCAGGAAGCGUGAUGUGAAACUAUACAAAACUACUGCUGGUAUCAGGAAUGACAUGGAGGAUGGCUGAUUGACCAGUUAGAUGUCAUCUUGUCAAAUAACAAAAAAACAACUUUGUGAGUGCAGACUUGGGUUUGGUCUGUUCUACCCGCCCGACGUUCUCCUCGCUCCCUCUGCCUCUUCUGUUUCUUGGGCCUCUUCCGCUCCUCUCAGUGCACUAAUCCUAGAGAAAUAAUGAAAAGUGCUUAACAAUCAAACAUUUUUUUUAGACAGUAUUGGUUUUAUUUAUCAAAGUUGUACAUACUUAAAUGUAUAGUGGGUAUUUUUUUUGUCCUUAACUAUGUUCCUCAUUAGUUUUGCCAUUUCUGUAUGUCAUUCUGUUGAGUAGUGUUUGAUUUGAGGUUUCCAUCAUUGCCAUUUAAUCAAGCUGAAAUAAAGAUUUGUCAUAAACA